CUAUUCUCUAGCUUCAUAAGGUUUUAGGGUUAGGGUUUUAACUUUUCGAAAAAGCAAAGAAAUCAAAAUUCAAUCAUGGCAUCAACAUCAACGUCAAUGGCAUCAACAAAGAAGAUCAAUCUCAAGAGUUCUGAUGGUGAGAUUUUUGAGAUUGACCAGGAAGUGGCGUUGGAAUCACAAACCAUCAAGCAUAUGAUUGAGGAUGAUUGUGCUGAUGACACCGGAAUCCCUCUCCCAAAUGUAACCAGCAGGGUUUUGGCGAAGGUGAUUGAGUACUGCAAGAAACACGUCGAAGCAGCAGCGAAUUCUGAUGAAAGACGGGUUGACGAGAAUGAUAUCAAGACCUGGGAUGCUGACUUUGUGAAGGUUGAUCAGGAUACCCUCUUUGAUCUCAUAUUGGCUGCAAACUACUUAGACAUCAAGAGUCUGUUGGAUCUUACAUGCAAGACUGUUGCGGCCAUGAUUGAUGGUAAGACACCAGAGCAGAUUCGCAAGACUUUUAACAUUAAGAAUGACUACACUCCAGAGGAAGAGGAGGAAGUUCGUCGCGAAAAUCUAUGGGCUUUUGAAUGAUUACAUGUUUACUUUUAAGAUUAAAUUAAUGUUAUGUUUAGUUUUAUUCAUCAAAGAGCUGCAAUAUGUAAAUUUAUAUCUUUUCACAUGGUUGUAUCAUUCUGAUCUUAUUCACAGAUUGUGUAGUUUGUGUAAGUUUUCAGUUACUUGAUUGGUUUCAUUUAGAAUAAUAAAAAUAUCAUUAUCUUUUUUAAUAUAUGAAAUCAUCAACUUGAUCAGG